GAAUAGGGCCUAACGUUCGCCGGGAAAAUCAAAUUUCGUUAACAAUUUACUUGAAAGCGCUGUAUGUUUUAAUAUGGUUUUACUGAUCUUAUAAUAUUGUACAGCCUUUGGGUUUAUAGAAAUAUAUAGCAUAAACUUCAACUUGACACGUGUAGCCCGUCGGACCGUUAUGAAAGACGCCAGACAAAUCUAAUAAUACUAGUUCUGCCAGCUGAUAACGACAAGGACCCUACCGUCACAAUGGAUUUCGAUGUUGCCCGCGCAGCAAGCGCCCGGAGGCAAAGUCACUGUAGUACAUCCGAAGCAGAUGAAUUGCCAGCCACCCAGCCGAUCGAUGACAGAGUCCUCAAGGACGUCGUCGCGUACAUAGAGGUACGAUGCCUCACGGAAAAUCGCACCAGAGGCAUCUCGAAACAAAUCGAGAUGCUCGGUGCCACCGUCAUGCCAAAGUUCACCAACGACGUCACGCACGUCGUAUUCAAGGGCGGCAAGCGCACGACCCAGCAGAGGGCGCUGAAGCUCGGUGUCCACCUGGUGUCGGUGCUGUGGGUGGAGAGCUGCCGGCAGAACCAGACGCACAUGUCCGAGAACCUCUAUCCGGUGGCGAGUCCUGGUAAGUCCACUCCCAUCGUCGGCCGGCUGCGAAAGAUGAAGAGCAUGCAGCCGAAGGAGUUUGACGAGGAAGUGGCCCGCAGCGCCGAUCGUCAGCAGCGCAGGCAGCGCAUGCGCAACAAGAAGAACAUGCGCGAGUUUCUCUUCAACACGCCCGAGCAGGGCAACAGCCCGCUGUUCGUCGCCGAGACGCAGCCGCGCCGCUCCGCCGACGCUGGCAGCGACGUCUCGCUCUCCGUGCCGGACACUCCGACGUACGUGCAGCAGUCGCGGCUGCGCACGGAAAUCAUGCAGAGGCUGCGAGCCGGCGCGUCGUCCGGUGACAGCUCGGCGUCGAGCGCGGGCGACGCGACGCGACAGGACAGCGUCGUAAAGUCGCCGGCGAUGGAUCGCCUCAACAACGUGAGCCCGGUGCACCGCAAGCUCUUCAGGAACCCCUCGGCGAGGGACGCGACAAAGCGGCCGCGCUGCGAUUCCGACGACUCCGGCACGGUCUCCCACGGAAGCAGCAGCAGCGACGGCGAGCAGGCAGCGGCAGGUCGUGUCAGCCCCGGCGGAGGUCGUCCGCCCGUGAAGCCGAGUAAGAAGAAGAGAAAACUGUGGCUGUCAACGCAGGAGCCGUCGUCUAAGCUCUGCACGCCGCACGAGACGUCCCGCGCGGAGGUGUCCGGCUCUGAGAUCAUGAUCGGAGGGAAGAAGAGAGCCGGGAAGCCCGCUAGACCCGCGUGGAGUCGGCGAAACGACGCAAAUUCAACGAGCACUGUCAUCGAAAUCCUUAAGACAGUGAUGGCGCCGACGCGGACGAGUCUAGAGGAGUUCAAACCCUCGGCCGCCCGGAAACCACGCCGAUCUGCUGAGAAGAGUUCUGCCGCAGAUGGGUCCAAUGUUGCCGCGAAGCAACGGCGCAGCGGUGGAAGCACCAGCAGUCAGAGCAGUCGCAGCAGCAGCAUCGUCAUGACGAGUCUGCAUGCGAGCGAGCAGGAGCUGGUCAUCGCGAUCGUCGGCAAGCUCGGCCGCUUCCGUCUCCGCGACGACGUCGGCUGCGACACGACGCACGUCGUCUGCGGCCGCGAGCGCCGCACGCUGAACGCGCUCGCGGCGAUUGCGCGCGGAUGCUGGAUUGUCUCCGUCUCGUGGGUGCUCGAGUCGCUCGAAACUGGCGCGUGGCUCGCCGAGACGCCCUACGAGUGCGUCGCGUGGUUUCCGGCCGCCCGGCUCGCGUGUGCCGAGCGGGAAGCGGCCGGCGGUGGCGACUCCUACCGGCAGGCGGUGUUUGCGCGGUGUGGCCGCGUACACGUUGGCAACACGGACGCUCCAGAAGAGAAGAUGGUCAACCUGCUACAGCAGUGCGGGGCGGAGGUGACGGCGUGCCAUCGCAAGGCCGACGUCUGUGUUGGCGGGCGGACGAGCAACCAGCACGCCACGCACGUGACGGAGAAGUGGGUCUUCGAUUCGAUCACGGCGCACGAAGCACAGCCGCUUGCGCGAUACGCUGUCACGGAGCAGGGUAGGUCAGCCAGCCCCGAGUUCUAAGUGCAGCUGGCUCACUCGUCAGUAUUUAGUUCAAACUUGCCAAAAUUGUGAACAGACAAAGUGUUAGAGUGUCACGUUUUGAAUGUGAGUAAAGCUUGGUAUU